CAGACUCUACACAGGUCGUUACUAACUCUUUAGAUUCAGCUACUCCAAUACUUAUCAAUAACAUCAAGUUCAGACUAUCAUGGCGAGUUGUCCACCAGUGCUAGUGAUGUACAAUCCCGUCUGUGGAGAUGGCACUGCCGAGACCUUUUUCAAUGAGCAUGUCUUUCCUCGUCUCGAGGAAGCGCAUAUCCAAGUUACCCAAAAGAUGGCAACUGGAGCCGCUGGACAUGCGGGUACCAUAGCGUUCGACUUUCUCGAACGAUAUGAGGGCAACGUGACAGUCAUAUUGGGCUCCGGCGAUGGAACUUUGCACGAAAUCAUCAACGCCCUCUCACUCGUGGCACUGAAGGGUGUACGCAAGAAUGUUGUAUCAUCCUCAGUUCGUGUAGUUCUUAUCCCAUGUGGGACGGCAAACGCUCUCUACUGCUCAUUGUUCAAGCCAAUCUCCAUGAAUGAGGGCCCGGCAUACAAGCUGAAGUCUCUUGAAGCAUUCAUCAUGGGUUCGGAUGUCGUUCCACUCACGCUGACUGUCACGACCCUAUCUGCUCCACCGAGCUCAAAGCAAAGUUGUUCCAAUGUCGCUGUUUCGGCGGUAGUGACAUCUACUGCUUUGCACGCCUCUAUCCUCCAUGACUCCGAGAGUCUGAGGAAAGAACUGCCAGGCAUUGAAAGAUUCAAAGUUGCUGCGAGGAACAACAUUACACAAUGGUACAGCAGCCAUGUCAAGCUGUUGCCUACGCCAUCUGCUCAGGCUGUGGAGAUAUACGAUCCAGACCAAAAGACUUUCGUAAUUCACAAGGAUUCAGAUGCUCAUGGAAUUGUGGAUGUGCAUGGUCCAUUCGCAUACUUUCUUUCUACCGUCAAUGUCGAUCGUUUGGAACCUGCUUUUAGAAUCACCCCUCUUGCGUCCGACAUUGUUUCGUCGGAGGUCUCACUAGACCUUGUCAUGGUUCGACCUCACCGUGAUCCCACCUUUGUCAUGGAUACCAUAGAAGCUCGAAAUGCCUUUGCAGAGAAAUCAGUCGCUGUGCUAACUGCAGCAUACCAAGAUGGGAACCACAUCAACUUUAGAUAUACCGACGAUGGAAAGAUGACCAAUGAAGGGACAGGUCCCACUGUGGUAGAAUAUAUCCGGUGCAAAGGAUGGGAAUGGAUACCUGAUGAGGCCGACGAAAGGGCCCACCUUGUAUGCUCGGAUGGAGCCAUAUUCUCGAUUGUGAAAGGCGGAAAGGCAGCAUGCAGUGCAGCAGUACCAGCCGAUGGUGCAGAAUUUUCGGUAUACGUCUAAUGUCAAGCAAAGUUAUUUAGGAGCGCAUCUCCGUCACAGGUUGUUUGUGUAAUGUAAUGGGUUGACGAUAAUCUGUUGCGUUCGUCCGCCGGUCUUAGUACUGCGCUCCAACAGGUGCGAUAAUCGCCCUCGGCCCUAUUAAAUUAGAUUUAGGCAUGGUGAAAGGAGCACACCGUGUGACUUGAACUCCAGCCCCCUUGAUAUACGUAGUACGGUAGUACUAAGCUUACCAAGGUCCAUGCUC